UGUGUGUGUGUGUGUGUGUGUGUGUGUGAGAGAGAGAGAGAGAGAGAGAGAGAAACAGGGAAGGGAAAGCCAAAAAAUGGGGAGGAGUCCAUGUUGCUCCAAGGAAGGACUCAACAGAGGAGCCUGGACUGCCUUGGAAGAUAAAAUUCUAACAGCUUACAUUAAAGCCCAUGGAGAAGGCAAAUGGAGAAGCCUUCCCAAAAGAGCCGGUCUAAAGAGAUGUGGUAAAAGUUGCAGAUUGAGAUGGUUAAACUAUCUGAGACCAGACAUAAAGAGAGGCAACAUUUCAGGUGAUGAAGAGGAACUCAUUGUUAGACUCCAUAACCUUCUUGGUAACAGAUGGUCGUUGAUAGCCGGAAGGCUACCGGGGCGAACAGACAAUGAAAUCAAGAAUUACUGGAACACAACUUUGUGGAAGAAAUCGAAAGCCGAUUCUCCUUCUGGAUGCUCGAAAGAAACUUCUCAACAUCCAAGCAAAUCCGUAGUGAAAAAGAAAGAUGUCGAGUCCAAAACAACAUCAACUGCAGCUGCUAAACCUCUAGUAAUAAGAACCAAGGCCACUAGGUUGUCCAAAAUUUUAGUCCCACAAAAGAUUCCUAGCGAUGAAAAUUAUACAGCAGCUGCCGCAAACCCAUUAGAGCUGCAAUCUCAUCAAACCCAAUUGGCGGAACAAGGCGGAAGCACCGAAGAGUUUCCGAGGACUAAUGCAGACGACCGCAGCAACAUCUUGAAGAACUUUGGCUGCGAUGAGGACGACAUUGAUGUGAAGGGAGAUCAAUACUGCAAUGAAUUUCAGUCGCUCGACUCUAUACCGUUGGAUGAGGCAAUGAUCAACGACGGCUGCUGGACGGUUGGAAACGGUUGCGAGCUGGAGGACUACGGUGCCUCAUUGGAUUUAGAUUCUUUGGCAUUUUUGCUUGACUCUGAGGAUUGGCCAUCCCAAGAAAAUGUUAUUGUCUAACUCAUAUGCUGCAUAGUAACAUAAAUAACCAAGUGUGAAUGCGUGACUUAUGUAAAACCAUUAAAAUUUAGUUGUAGUUGAGCUUUGGCUCGUGAUGGAUAUUCAAUAAGUAUUAAGAUACCCGGAUGCUGCAUAUAGAUGCCCAAAUCAUAUCCUUAAGGCAUGUAGUGACUUACGUACUCUUAUUAACUUUUCGUAAUUCAAUUGAAUUUUUAGCAAUUCAAAAUGAGUAUUUCAAUAA